AUAAAAUAAUAAAGGGUAUUAUUGAGAUAUAAAAGUUUCAUUAAAAGAGAAGGUUAAUGUAGCUAAAUUUUUAAAAAUGAAGAUUACUACCAUAAGCUAACCUUUAAAAAGGGAAAGCCUUUAAUCUCUUUGGAGAGGGGCUGUAGCAAUUUUUGAACCUUUGACUUAAGAAACUUUUUUUUAAUAAAGACAAUACGUACAACUACACCACACAACACACCAUUUUAAUACUAUUUUAAUGGCUUUCUCUCUCUUGGUUCUAGAGAACUCUAGUGGCAUGCAUCCCUCUGUUCCUCCACCGCAAAUGGUGGCUUUGGUCCAUCCGAAUUUGUUUUGUGAUGGUUUAGUUCCUCAAAUCAAAUUCUUCUCUUCUAAGUUUUCUUUGUUUCCAUUCUCUCAAUCCAUUAACUCUUGCAUUUAUUGCUCUGAGUGUUAUAAUGAAUAUCCAUCCCAUCUUAAAAUCUCUCUUCAGAUCAUUAAAUGUGGAAAUCCCUUUUAUCUUCUCCUCAGCCCUUACAUCUGCUGUUUCUCUCUAUCUCUCUCAUCUUUCUCACCCCCAAAUUUCAUUAUUACUCACGUUUAUCACUUUGGGUUUUGGAAAAUGGAGGCGGAUCAAUGGUUUAAUGAUGAUUUGAAGCUUAGAAUCAUCAUUUUUCCUAUUGGGUCUAGGAUCCUGGACAAGAUGGAUAGAUCCUCCAGGAGAUCACAAAGGGCACUCUGGUUUUAUCUAUUUAAAGGAAGGUCCAGGGCUUCUUGUGAACCCUCUGGGGGCAUACAAUCUGUUCAGUCUUCUGUGGGAAGUGCUUCUGUUUCAGCCUUUAAGGCUGUCUCUGGUGAUCCAAAUGCCCUUGCUGGUCAGGGUGAUCAUCCUGCUGCCCAACCUGAUUCUUCUGUGCGAGGAAAAGGCCUUGCUUCUGCUUCUGGUGUGAAGCGGGCUUCCUUUCAAUCGCAUCAGCUUAUGGUUGGUGGCUCUCUUAGGGAAACUCUUAAGAGAGCUAGGGCAAAUGAUAAUGAUGAUGCUACCACUCUUGCUGAUUUAUCUUUGGAACAGGCGGGUGUUGCUGGGCACAACCGCCCAGGAAAAUGACUAUUAUCAGUUGGAAUGCACGAGGAUUGGGGAGUACUCAUGCGUUCCGAAGACUCUCCCUGUUGGUGAAGGAGCAUAGGCCUUCUGUUCUUUUUUUGAUGGAAACCAAGCUUACUUCUGGAGCUGUGGAUAGAGUCAAGCUUUCUUUGGGGUUUGAUUCGGGUUUUG